GUCACACUUCGCAGAGUGCGGAACCUAGAGAUCCGACACCGAACCGGCUACUGCCCAGGCACCCCCCGCAUCUCACCCCGCACGACACCCCUCAAUCAUGUCCAAAGGCUUCACGCUCAAAGACGCGAUAAAGGCCUGGGAAGAAAAAACCGGUCUCGUCGCGGCCGACAGUCCCAAGAUCAAGCUCAUCUCCUCCCAACCCUUCCUAACCAAGAUGGACGCCUCCCUCGCACAGCUCACCAAAUGCGAGCACCUCGCCCUGUCAACCAACCAGAUCGACAAGAUCUCCUCGCUGAACGGCCUCGCCUCCCUCAAGAUCCUCUCCCUCGGCCGCAACAACAUCAAGAAGAUCGAGGGCCUCGACGCCGUUGCCGAUACGUUGGAGGAGCUCUGGAUCAGCUAUAACCAGAUCGAGCGGCUGAAUGGGAUCGAGUGCUGUAAGAAGCUCAAGGUGCUGUAUGCGAGCAACAAUAAGAUCAAGGAUUGGAGUGGGUUGCAGCCGUUGGGCGGGUUGGCGCAUUGUGUCGAGGUGCUGUUUGUGGGGAAUCCCGUGGAGGAGAAGGCCACGGGGGAGAAUGUGUGGGUUGCUGAGAUGACGAAGAGGUUUCCGCAGUUGAAGAAGUUGGAUGGGAAGCCGAUUAUUAGGGAGGGCGGGGGGGAUGAGGAGGACGAGAAGGGGGAGUGAGGCGGCUAGGUUCUGUGGUGUGGUGGGAGCGUGCAAGAGGGGCGUGGAGCGCUGUGAUGGGAGCAUCGAACAUUUCAACGUUUUGCGUUUUUGCGUAAACUUUUUCUACCGUCAUUGUCUCUCUGGACAGUAGGAUAAAGAAGGCAUGUGGGGACGAUACGACACGUAGAUAUAUUCCAAGUUUAUUGUGGGAAAUAUGUCAAGCGAUGUGGUAGCACGGCGGUAUACAUUGGGACUGGCCAUCAAUCAGGAGCACUAAGAGGAUUAUAAGUAAGGGAUGAUCGUGCGGUUUAUGGGGACGCACAGGUUUAAGCAACGCUAUCGGUCAGUUUGAGUCGGGUAUCGACAAGUCGAAAGGCGAGAGUGC